GUUUCCGAAAACAUAGAGAAAUGGCGUAAUGAGAGUAGUCGCCGGAGAUGGAGCCCUCGCAAUCUCACCAUGACACCAACGCCAAAGCCACUGCCGCCACCUUAUAUGAGUCGGAAUGGGAUGAUGAGCCCUUCACAGAGGAAGACCUCCAAGCCAUUGAAGCCGCAUUCGAAGCCGCUACUGCAGCUUCUCUCUCCAAAAAGCGACGCGCCAAUCCUGACGACGACAAAGUCACGGACCAGCUCCCCAUUGCCCGGGGCCGGUUUCCGAGUUCGGUUCUUGCUCUCCAGCAUCCCAACGCCUUCGCUCUCUCGCCUUGUAGUCAAGCCAAUACAAGGAUGAGAUAUCCUGUGCUGAAGUUUGGAGGUCGGGUUAGAUAUAGCAGGACCACAGUUGAAGUGGAGAAAGCUGCCAUGGAGGUCUUAACGACUGUGAACACAAAGAAAAGCGAAAUGGGUCUAAAUGCAGUUGGUUUUGACAUUGAGUGGAAACCUACAUUCCAAAGAGGUGUUCCACCUGGGAAGGUUGCAGUCCUGCAGAUAUGUGGAGACACAAGUUGUUGUCAUGUGAUGCAUAUCAUACAUUCUGGAAUUCCUCGAAGUCUGCAGUUACUUCUUGAAAGCUCUUCAAUUUUGAAGGUCGGAGCUGGUAUCGCUAAUGAUGCUGUUAAGAUCUUCAAGGAUUAUAAUGUAUCCAUUAAAGCUUUGGAGGAUCUUUCAUUUCUGGCUAAUCAGAAGCUUGGAGAUUCGCAGAAUUGGGGUCUUGCAUCCCUAACUGAGAAGCUCAUUUGUAAACAGCUUCUGAAGCCCAAAAAAAUUCGAUUGGGUAACUGGGAAACCAAAUAUUUAUCAAAAGAGCAGCUGCAGUAUGCUGCUACCGAUGCAUACGCAUCAUGGUAUCUUCAUGAGGUGCUAAGGAGCCUCCCUGAUGCUGAAGAACUUGAAAAAGUCACAUCAGACCACCAGAGUGAGGAACAACCUGCAUCAUGUACUGAUUUUCAGACUGAGGGACUACAAGCUGCACAAUUGUAAUGUCUCAUUGGUAACAUCAGGAUCAAAAUGAACAAGAUAAGCAAAAGGAUAUGUUUAUCUCCUGGCUAUAAUCUUAUUAGCCUCCAUCCUUGACAUUGCUGGAUCUGAGGGGUUGUUCAUGAUAACAUGUUCUGGUCCAGCAAAUUAGGUCAGUUUUCAUGUAUAGUCGUAGUUUUACCAUUCUUUUUCCAAAUAUAUUUUGAAUAGAGAACAUUACUCAAUAUGAGAGCCCUUGGCUACAAUUUAUAUUUACUCCCUUAUAGGAUUGUCAUGAUAUGAAAUAUAAGUAGCGACCUUUUGCUGGUAA